CGCAGGCGCGGGGCAGGCGGCGCGCGGUGCGGCCAUGAGCGGCAGCGCCGAGGCCGAGCCCCCGCCCGCGGCCCCCGCCGCCCCGGCGCCGCCCGCCGCCGCCGACAGCAAAGCCAGCCCGGCCGCCGUCGGCAGCGCCGUGCCCGGGGCACCGGGGGCGGGGGGCGGCGCGGCGCGGGGAGCCGAGGGCGGCGCGGCUGGUGGGAGGGGGCCCGUGCCCGUCUCGGCGGCGGUGGCCGCAGCUCCCCCCGAGGGGGCCAUGUCCAACGGGGUCUACGUGCCACCCAGCGCGGCCAACGGGGACGUGAAGCCGGUGGUCUCCACGACGCCGCUGGUGGACUUCCUCAUGCAGCUGGAGGACUACACGCCGACGAUCCCAGAUGCCGUCACGGGCUAUUACCUCAACAGAGCGGGAUUCGAGGCCUCGGACCCACGCAUCAUUCGGUUGAUCUCUCUGGCCGCACAGAAGUUUAUUUCUGACAUUGCCAAUGAUGCGCUGCAGCACUGCAAGAUGAAGGGAACAGCCUCGGGCAGCUCCCGCAAUAAGAGCAAGGAUAAGAAGUACACGCUGACCAUGGAAGACCUGACACCAGCACUUGCAGAAUACGGCAUCAAUGUGAAAAAGCCACAUUACUUCACAUAAAGACUUGAGGGAUUGUCACUGGGAAUUUUUUUUAGGGUUGCUUCUGUGCCAUUAAACCGCUGGGUAGUUUUUUUUUUGUGGAAAGGCA